AUGCUUGAUUAUAGUUUAUUGUUAUUGUUCUUAUUCUAUGGUUGGAUUAACACAUUGUUUGACAGCAAAUUCAAGCAGGACCAGCGCGCCGAGCGCAUUCGCAGCCUGCCUGCCGACUACCACACGCCGCUCUCAGCAAAGGACCGCGCAACGCUCGAUAGGCCGGUCGAAGAGCUGGCCAAGGAGGUCCAAAAUGGCUCCGUCAAGGCAGUCGAUGUGCUGCGCUCGUACGGGAAGGCGGCGAUACAGGUCCACGAAAGGACCAACUGCCUGACUGAGGUCAUGAUUGGGUCGGCCGAGGAGUGGCUGAGCAAGGACACCAUCAACCUCAAGGGCCCGUUGGCGGGCAUUCCGGUCAGUCUCAAGGACACGGUGGUGGUCGGUGGCUACGAUGCUACAGUAGGAUACAGUAGCUUCACGCACCAGGAACAGGAAGAGGACGGCGCGGUCGUGGUGAUGCUCAAGGAGGCAGGCGCCGUGCCGUUUGUCAAGACCAACAUGCCUAUCACCCUCCUCAGCUUUGAGUCGACCAACGAUGUGUGGGGUCGCUGUACGAACCCGCACAACGCCAAGUACUCGCCCGGCGGUUCUACGGGCGGUGAGUCGGCGUUACUGGCAGCCGGCGGCAGCCGUAUUGGCAUUGGCAGCGAUGUGGCGGGUAGCGUCCGGCUGCCGGCACACUGGGCGGGCUGCUACAGUGUGCGCUGCUCGACGGGCCGCUGGCCCAAGAUGGCUUUUCGCACCAGUAUGCCCGGCCAGGAGGGUGUGCCGAGUGUUUACAGCCCCAUGGCACGGACCCUCGCUGACUUGACGUACUUUACACGGACCAUGAUUCAGAUGGAGCCAUGGCGGUACGACUACUCGGUCCAUCGCAUUACGUGGGACCAGAAGACCGAGGACGACAUCUCAUCGCCGACACGCAAGCUGCGCGUUGGUGUCAUGAUGAGUGAUGGCGUGGUUGACCCGAGUCCUGCCUGCCGCCGGGCUGUCGAGACGGUGGUCGAUGCACUGCAGGUGGCUGGCCACAGCGUCACCAUGGUCGGCCAGAACGAGCCGAACCCGCCACCUGAUGCUUACGAAGGACUACGCCUCGCGUCCCUGCUCCUCAACGCAGACGGCUGCCAGAUGUUUGAGGUUGCGCGUCGGCCCGGUGAGUGGCUCGACGCUGGUGCUAAGCAGCUAUUAUUCCUGGCUAAGCUGCCCUCGCUAUUCCGCUAUAUGUACUACGUCUGGGUGCGGUACGUGCGGCAGGAUCCUAUCUGGGCCGGCCUGGUGCGUGACUGGGGCCCGAAGAGUGCGUUUGAAAACUGGAAACUCGUCGCCCAGCGCGAGGCAUACCGUGCACGCUGGUUUAAGUGGUGGGACUCGACCAAGUUUGAUGUUUUGUUGACGCCUCCAAAUGCGACCCCGGCGCUACCACACGAUGCCAUGCAUGAUGCGGUCAGCAGCUGUGGUUACACGUUCCUUUUUAACUUGCUCGACUACACGGCUGGAGUCUUGCCCGUUACUCGGGUAGAUGCCAAAGAAGACGCCCUUCCUUCAGACUUUUCACUUCGCAAGCUGAAUGGAGUCGCACAGGGCGCCAUGAAGCAUUAUGACUCCGUCGCCAUGCAUGGCCUGCCGGUGGGUGUGCAAGUGGUAGGUCGCCGACUGGAGGAGGAGAAGGUACUAGCUGCUAUGAAGCGGGUCGAAGAUGCCCUUGGAGAUGCCAAGUACGAGCUCUUGAACCUGGACUGA